UUAGCUGGCUGCUACUGCUGCACACCAUGAAGAUCGUAACUUGGAAUAUAAACGGCAUAAGGGCCUUCAGAGGGGGGAUAAAGAAGGCGCUUGACUCACUGAACGCAGAUAUAAUCUGUGUUCAGGAAACAAAAGUAACAAGAGACCUGCUUGAUGAAAGAAGCGCCAUUGUUGACGGCUAUAAUUCCUAUUUCAGCUUCAGCCGUGGACGCAGCGGGUAUUCAGGGGUUGCUACAUACUGUAAAGACAGUGCCACUCCCUUUGCUGCUGAGGAGGGUCUCUCAGGUCUACUGACCAAUAAUAAGGAGGCUGUUGGAUGCUACAGUGACCACAGCGCCUUUUCAACUGAAGAGUUGCAGCUUUUAGACAACGAGGGACGAGCCGUCAUUACACAGCACAAGAUAAUGUUUAAGGACAAAGAGCAAACACUUACUGUAGUCAAUGUUUACUGUCCACGGGCUGACCCUGAAAAGCCAGAGCGUAAACAGUUCAAACUGCAGUUCUACAAGCUGCUUCAGUGCCGGGCCGAAGGCUUGCUGGAGGGCGGAAGCCAUGUGAUUGUUUUAGGUGAUAUAAAUACAUCUCACCAGCCAAUAGACCACUGUGACCCCAGUGAUGACGGUUUUGAGGAGAAUCCUAGUAGGAAAUGGCUGAAUGCCUUCUUGCACAGUGGUGGACAAAAAGGAGAGAAAAAAGAGGCUGAAUCCGGUGAGGAAUUUGAGGUAACAUCAAAUUCCAUCCACAGUGGAAAAUUCAUGGACACUUUUCGGUAUUUUCACCCAAGCCGCACUCAUGCUUUCACGUGCUGGUCCACCCUCACCGGAGCGCGGCAGACCAACUACGGUACGCGGAUUGACUACAUAUUUGCUGACUGCCAGCUUGUGAAAGAGCAGUUUGUGGCAGCAGACAUCAUGCCAGAGAUGGAAGGGUCAGAUCACUGUCCCGUGUGGGGGCAGCUGGGCUGCUCUGUCCUUCCCAACUCCAAACCUCCGCCUCUCUGCACUUGUUAUUUACCGGAGUUUGCAGGCAAGCAACAGAAACUGUCGCAUUUCCUCGUUAGGAUGGAGCAAAAACCAAUAGUGCCUGAUGAGAGCGAGGCCUUACCUGGUUCUCAAGAAGAAGAGGAGAGGCGAGAAAAUUUAAAUCCCUUUUGGAAAAAACGGUUCAUAGCAAACUCUGCUCCUCCACAGGGGAAGAAGAUGAAGUCAGUAAAGACUUCUUCACAGCCGCAGGGCAACCUGUUGUCCUUUUUCAAACCCAAGUUCGCAAAUACCGUCUCUCGUCCUGAGGACUCUGUUGGGCAGGGUCAAAAACCAGUGGACACAGAUGAGGUGAACUCAUCACAAAGUAGAGGACACACAUCUCCUCAUCCAGGCAGGUUCACUGAAGACACUGUGCCAGUCCUCAGUCGGUCAUCAGAGCUGUGCCCGAGCAGCAUCUCAGAGGAAAAUGAUCAUCAAAUGAAGACAGUCGCUGAACAUUUAAAGCCUGCUGUCGGACAGUCGGAGCCAAAGAAAGGGGCGUCAUUAGCAUUUUGGAAGUCUGUGCUUCAUGGACCGCCACCACCACCUUCCUGCAAGGUCCACAAGGAACCUUGUGUGCUCCGUACUGUAAGGAAGGAGGGGCCAAACAUAGGCAGACAGUUCUUUGUGUGCUGUCGUCCUCAGGGACACGCCUCCAACCCGGACGCUCGCUGUAAUUUCUUUGCAUGGGUCGACAAAGGGAAGUGACCUGCUGUAAGAAACAGAAUUUUUUAAGUUUAGAAAAACUGUCGGCUUGAUCUUGUUGAAGUAAGACCGCUAUAAACACCACUAUCACAUCAGUGACUUCAACAGAUCCCGUGAUACGUUUUGAUUAGCUGAAGAAUAAAGUAUUUUC